UGUGAGUUCGUGCCCAUGUCGGGUGGAAUUUCCACUCUGUCACAUUUGCAGUGGAUUUCCACUUUGUCACUAUUGCACAAAAGUAAAUGAGUCUACAAGGAGGGACAGGCAUGUUCUUUAAAUGGUAUAAAACUGAACUUCCAAAGACCUUGCUAUUCAUAAUUUUCCUCCAUUUCAACGUUACUCUCGGAGCAAGGAAGGAUCACAACUUCGGACAACUUCCCUAAGGUCAUUUUAUCCUAUCAGAGAAAUAAUGAAGGUGAUCCAUGAGAGAAAGGAUGGGACAGUGAACUUUUACCAUGGAUGGGACCAAUACAGGAGUGGGUUUGGGCAGGCAUCCGGAGAGUACUGGUUAGCACCUUGUGUUCUCCCUCAGGCCUAGAAAACAUCCACCUCCUCACUCAGAGGAAGAAGUAUGAGUUGAGGGUGGACCUGGAGGACUUCGAAGGGGCUAAAGUCCACGUCCAGUACUCCUCCUUCUCUGUCGACUCCGAGCAUGAAGGAUACAAGCUGCAUUUAAGUGGCUUCAAAGAUGGAGGUGACGGAAAAUCUAUGGAUGAACACAAUGGGCAGAAGUUCUCCACCUUCGACAAAGACCAGGACACUCACGCUUCAAACUGUGCUAAAUCAUAUUUAGGAGGAUGGUGGUAUGGAGAAUGCCACAGUGUCAAUCCCAACGGGGUAUAUCUGUGGGGCGACUCAAUCUAUGGUAUUGGUAUCAACUGGGUGUAUUGGAAAGGUUAUAAAUACUCUUUAAACGCCAUUGAAAUGAAGAUAAGGCCUGUGGAAUAAGUUCAGAACCUCUCACA